AUGACUCUCGUUGCUUUCGGUCGAAUCAACCGAGUCUCGGCAGACCGCGUCAACAAGCACAUCGCCCCACGAGCGUCCAUAUUGCAACGACAAUCCAAGACGCCAGUCGACCCUCGACAGCUGCAGCUGCAUGCGUGGAUGGCCACGGCACGUUCCCCAAUCAACCUGGAACUUAUGCGUGUCAAGGUGAGUGAGCUUACGCCCGAGUGGGACGACAUCAGGCAUUCAACCAAUGAUGCCACCGACUCCGACGACACUGUAAGUGGCAGUAUACCCAACGGCGUUGACACCUUUGAUGCCACUGAAACGGUCGAACAAGGCGGCGGUCCCUCAGGCGAAGACACCGAAAUCGACGAUGAAUUGUCGACACGUGACCCAGCCCUCGACAGAACGUAUGGAACCUCCAAAAAGGCGCCAUGCCGCCCCUUCCGAAAAAGCGUCGUGUCAGAAGACGCUGAUCUGUUCGAUAACGACGAUUCUUUGACCGACAGCGAUUUCGCCACACUUCUCGAAGAUUCCAGUCACCCCUUUUCCUGCCCAAUCUCCCCUGUACGCUCCGACCCUCGAGCCGCUCUAAGGCCCCGGGACCACACCAAUCCACGAGACAUCACGCCAGCGCCUGCCCCACCUUCUCCUGCCUACCCCAAGGACACCGCCACUCGACGAGCCGCCACUGAACUAUUAGCCGAACCCGCCCCUGUCCACCCCAAGGACCCCGCCACUCGACGAGCCGCCACUCAACUAUCUGCUGCACCAACCCCUGCCACGCGACGAGGCUCCAAUGAAGCAUCAGCUACGCGGGUCUCCACCACCCAAAGGACCCCGCCAUAUCCAUCAAACGCGGGGCGACGGUCCCCCCUACAAAGAUCAAGCCCACCAAAGCGCCUCGGGAUCUGA